AGCUAAAUGCUCAUAUAAACAUGGCCCGAUUGGCCCGAUUCUGGGAUUCCCUGGAAAACGAGAAUUUAUUCGAUAUAGUUCCACAACCUCCAAAGUCUACUGUAACCCGGUUUCAUCAGCAAUGGCUCUCAAGUUUGGCAAAUGCCCGAGACGACGAGCUCCAAACAAUUUUAUAUGCAAAACCAUUGCUUCCAACUCCGGAAUCUAUCGUACAAUUACCCGAUGAAGAAUAUUAUGGAGCCAAGAAAAUCUCGGUCGGCUACAGCAAAUCAAUGUUAUCAACUUCAUUGGGCAAUAUAUCAGCUCCUCCAAAACCUCAAAGGAGGAUAGCAAGGCUACGAAGUGGAGCAAAUGAUUGUGCAGCAAGUCUUCCUCAAUUGUUGGAAAGGAAUUCUAUCGCUGAGAUGAUGAACAACAGUCUGAGUGACAAGUAUAACUCAAGUAGCACUACUUUGUGCUCGUCCGUUCAUGCUGAGUCUUGCCCAACGGACACCGAGGAUGCAAUAAUUCGAAAUAUCAAGUUGCCCGGCUUCCGAGGAAACAUUUCACGAGCUCUGAGCCAAAAGAGCAACUCUCCAUCUGGUUGUCGAACACCAACUCCUAAAACAGCGCCUCCGUCGUAUGAACAGUUUCAGGUUUUGCGACGGAAUUCUAUGAAAUCUAGUGUGCAACCACAAAGAAAUGGAAUUUUGUCUCCGGCCCCACCAGUUCCAACUUCUUCAAGAGCAAACACAAUAACUGUUAAUGGAGCACAUGUUCAACAGGCAAUGAACAGAAUAGACAUGAGCACUGACAGCGCAAAUACAAUUCUCCGAUCUCCAUACAGUACUCGUUCGGAUAGCAUCACAAGUGUCGACUCUGGACAAUGUUCCGGAGAUCAAAUCGAACGAAGAUCAAAUUGUUCAACUCGACAAGAAAGUAAAGAUGAUGAUGAUACAGGGAUGCCAAGCUAUGCGAGAAUGGCUAGUACAAUGGAUCAUGUUCUCAGAACAUCAUCUGCUUUGUAUACUCUUCUUUCUUCAGCUCUGGAUCCAGCAACUUGCAGAGAUUUGUUGGCAAAGUCUUCUGUGUUCAUCCAACUGCUUGAAUCAUCUCCAUGUACAAAUUAUCUUCCAAAGACUGAAAUGGCUCGAUUAAAAAUGAAUGUUCAAGAGUUACAAAAAAAUCGAGAUAAAGGAAUAAUUGACAUGAAUAAUAUGACAAACUUUUUUGCGAUUCUUCUCAGAAAGUCUAUAGAAUCAGUACUUUUGGUGUUUGUGAGGAUAAUAUCCAAGAAUCUAUGUGAAAGUAAUGGAAAAGAUCGUCUGACACCUAUUUGUUUAGAGCAUCUUAUUCAUAUUUGUUUAUUUGGAGAUGAACUUUGUAUUGAAGCAAUUCAAAAAGGAUGCAUCUCAUCAGUUAUUCGAAUUAUGAAGAAUGAUCAACCACAGGAGAACACUCUUAGAUUUUUACUUCGAACAUUGGCAGUGUUAUGUGGAGUUUCAAAAGGAGCACUUGCUUUGCUCACGCAAGGAGGCUUGGAUUUGGUUAUUGAUAGACUUUUAUCCAUUUCCUCAUCAAUCUGUUCCGUCGAGGCAGCUGGUAUUCUGACACAACUUACCAAUCCUCAGUCUGCAUUCAUUCGGUUAAAUCAUGUGGAACCAAUUAUAUCCAGACUUUUGGAUCUAAUAGAUCAAUGUAAAUCAGGUGACUCUUUGCUUUUGGCAACCGCUGCAUUGAACAAUGUGACACUUCAGAACCCAAAUGGAGUUGAUAUUAUGUACAGAAAUAAUUCAAUUCGUCGUCUGAUAUCUGCUUAUAAUCGAGAAAAUUGUGCCACUGUCUUCGUCCAGGAACAAAUUGUUACAGCCUUUUCUCGCCUUGCCGCCCGUCAUUUAGAUCAUCAAAUGGUUGAUCAAAAUGCAAUUCCAGUGCUUCUUGAAUUUUUAUCCCUUACCCAUCCAAUCCAUGCGGAUUACUGUAGAAGGAUACGGUACAAAGCUGCUGUAUGUAUUGGUACUUUAGCUAACAGUGAAAUUGGGCUCAAAGCCUUGUAUGGUAAUAAUGCCUACGCAAUUUUGAGCAAUGUGCUUUAUGAUGACAACAACUCUUCAAAUCCAUUUAAUAUGAUAUGCAACAAUAUUCGCACAAAGUUGGAAUCUAAAUACCAAUCUGAAAGUGCAGUAUAAUAUUCAAAUAUCUUCCUUUGUUAAACAAACAAACACAAGAAUCUGUGAUAAAAUAAAAUUCAUUGAAAACCUG